AUGAGACAUGUAACCAUCACCAUAUCACUUGGCAUACUAUUGCUGGUCUGCUGCCAAGGAACAUCGGCACAGAACGCCUUUCAGGUGCAUGGCGAGGAAGUUCCUCUGGGUCUGGCAGUGAGCAAUGAGCACCGCCAGAGAGGCCAGGCCAUCAGUGCUCACCAGCAAAGCCUCUGGAAUCCUUGGGAUCAUCAGCCCAAUGCCAGACCAACCUUUAGCUUUCCUGUCUACCAUGGAAAUGGAUAUGCCCAGGGAAAUACCUUUGUAGCUUCUGUAAAACCUCAGGUACCACCACAUGGAGCUACUAGGGUUCACCAGGCUGGACAGCAACCUCAGCAACUUCGGAGUGAACUCCAGCCACCACAACAAUCAAUACAUGACCAGCAAUCACAGCAGCAAGAGCAACUGCAGCAGCCACAUGUGCAGACUCCAUUGCAAACAAAGCAGCUACAGGAACUGCAGCAGCCACAGCAGGUGCCACAGUCAGAAAGAGCACAGCAACCCCAGCAAAAGCCGCAGCCACAGCAAGUGCAGCAGCUACAUAGAGCAGGGCCACCCCAGAAAAAGCAGCGGCCAGAAGUGCACCAACUGUUGCAACUUCAGAAUCUUCAACAGAACCAAAUAAACCAUACUAGGCAGGAACAGAAACUGGAGAACAAGACUGCACAAUCUCAACUCCAACAGCAUGCACAAUUGAAUACAAACACAGUGCCAUUUACUUGGAUGCGGAGUACUUAUCCUGGAGGAUCUGUUCAGUUUCCAGUGCAUAAUCAGCAGAUCCUACACAUGAACAUUGCUCAGCAGCAUAUUAAUCAAGGUCAGGCUUGGAGAACAGGAGCACUGAACCUCCAGCCAUACCAAACAAGUCACACUCAACAAAGGCAACAAGAGAAUGAAAGCCUUGAAGUUUCAAAACAGCAGCAGCAGCAAAGAGAGCAGCAGCAGCAGCAAAGACAGCAGCAGCAGCAAAGACAACAGCAGCAGCAAAGACAGCAGCAACAGCAAGAGCAGAACAAAACAAACAAUGCACAGCAAAAACAGCAAUCCCAACAAAACAAGACAGAUAAAGUGCAGCAACUUGAGUUAAACACAAACACAGGUCAAUUCUCAGUGGCAGAGAAAACCUAUCCUGGAGGAACUGUGCAGUUCCCAGUUCACAAUCAGCAAGUUCUGCACAUAAACGCCGCCCAGCAGCAUAUCAACCGAGGUCAGGCCUGGAGAGCAGGGGCAUUGAAUUUUCAGCUACACUUGCAACCACUGCAGCAACAGCAGCAGCAACUGCAGCAGCAGCAACAGCAGCAGAAACAGCAGCAGCAUCAGCAACAACAGCAGCAGCGACAGCAAAAGCAGAAUCAAACAAACAAUUACACACAUCAAAAACAGCAACACCAGCAAAACAAGACAGAUAAACAACAGCAGCAGCAACAGCAGCAGAAACAGCAGCAGCAACAGCAGCAACAGCAAGAGCAGAAUCAAACAAACAAUUACACACAUCAAAAACGGCAAUACCAGCAAAACAAGACAGAUAAAGUGCAGCAACUAGAGUUAAACACAAAUUCAUUCUCUGUGGUGGAGAAAACCUACCCUGGAGGAACUGUGCAGUUCCCAGUUCACAAUCAGCAAGUUAUGCGCAUAAAUGCCGCCCAGCAGCAUAUCAACCGAGGUCAGACCUGGAGAGCAGGGGCAUUGAACUUUCAGCCACAUUUGCAACCACUGCAGCAACAGCAGCAGAAACAGCAGCAGCAACAGCAACAGCAGAACCAAACAAACAAUCAUACAAAUCAAAAACAGCAAUACCAGCAAAACGAGACGGAUAAAGCGCAACAACUAGAGUUAAACACAAAUCCAUUCUCUGUAGUGGAGAAAACCUACCCUGGAGGAACUGUGCAGUUCCCAGUUCACAAUCAGCAAGUUCUGCACAUAAAUGCCGCCCAGCAGCAUAUCAACCGAGGUCAGGCCUGGAGAGCAGGGGCAUUGAAUUUCCAGCCACACUUGCAACCACUGCAGCAACAGCAGCAGCAACAGCAGCAGAAACAGCAGCAGCAACAGCAACAGCAGCAGCGACAGCAGAAUCAAACAAACAAUCAUACACAUCAAAAACAGCAAUACCAGCAAAACAAGACGGAUAAAGUGCAGCAACUAGAGGUAAACACAAAUCCAUUCUCUGUAGUGGAGAAAACAUACCCUGGAGGAACUGUGCAGUUCCCAGUUCACAACCAGCAAGUUCAACACAUAAACGCUGCCCAGCAGCAUAUCAACCAAGGUCAGCAAGUUCACGCACCACAGGUCAUUCAUGUGGCUGGACUCCAGAGAGUGCAACUCAAUCAGAAUCCAGUACCAGCAACUUUUGAAGAACGCUUAAACCAGACGCGACAGACACAAGCACGGCUCCAGGCUCUGCAACGGCAACACGAGCAACAGGAACACAAACGUCUCCUUCAACAUAUAGAACAGCAACGACAAGCAGCGCAGCUUGAGCGUGAACAGCAACAACAGCAGCAGCAGCAACAACUGAAAAAAGUCAUGCAACAACGUGAACUAGAGUUGCAACUAGCACGUGAAGAGCAACAACGGGAGCUAAAACGGCAACAGGAGCAGCUACGUCAGCGUCAGCGUGAACUGCAGGAACAACUGCAUCGGCAACAGGAACGUCAGCGGAAACUUCAAGAGCAGGAACGUGCCAGGCAGCAAGAACUUCUACAGAAACAACACGAAAAGCAGCAGCAACUUUUACAACAGCAACGUGAAAAACAGCAGCAACUUCUACAGCAACAACGCAACUACCAACGGCAGCUGCAGGAACAGCGACGACAACAGCUACGUCAACGCCAAGAGCAGCAAAGACAACAACUGGAACAGCAGCGCCGGCAGCAACAAAGAAUUAAUGCACCUUGGAUGAGGAAUGCCCAGCCCGGGGCUCUAGUAUUUGUGCCAACGAACUUCCAGCACCACAUUCCUCAAAUAGCUAUCCUACACAAUCUGGCUCCAUGGAACAUCCAGCAACAGCAACAACAGGCACAACAGUAUCACGCCGGUGCCACCGAGAGGAACGUAGUCAGUAGUGCGUCUGCAAAUAAGACAGUUCCAAGAAGUAAUGCAACUGUUUCGGUCAAUGUGACUCAACUGACAGACGGCCAGGUUCAUGGCAACAUACCGAAAAGGCAAGGAACCACGAUAAAAAAAGGUCUUUUUGAAACUGUGCAGGAGACACUGUCCCACAUUCGUGGGGUUGCAAGCGACCUCCAGAACAAAAACAAACCCAAUAAUGUCAGUGUGCUACAGGACAAUUCCAAAGGUAGUGCAGCCGUUCACCACAUGAUCACUGUUCAAGAAAACAAGACAAAUUUUGCCAAAACCUCAGUGGCCCAGCAGCCAGCUUUUCCUCUGGCUCAGCCUCAGUCAAUCUUCCGUCCCUCACUCCAGCAACCUCAGCGAAUCCAGAUCCACGUGCCUCCCCAUGCACAGGGGUACAUACCUUUGAUAGUGGGUAACCCAUAUGCAAACAGGGUGCCUUACUUCGGUGGCUUCCCGUUUGGAAGGACCAACACCGUUCCUACAAUUGUUCCCGACAUAGCCAUUGGAACAGGCAACAGCGGCCACGUCUCUUCACGGACCCAGAUCUUCCAGAACGGUAUGCCAGCCAGCAGAGUGAAUGCCAACCAGGACUUCACCCUUAUCACCAGGGUGCAGAAGUUUGAUGGUGACCUCUUGAGUAUCAACUACACCCUAAAUCGUGAUGCCACUCAGAUCGAGAACCCCAAGUCCAGUGGCGGCCCUGGAGUGUCUCUGUCAGACAAGGCUGCAGAUGCUAUCAAGAAAGCUGUUCGAAGGUUCCGACCCAAGAUUGAAGUCAAUUCCGGCAAAAGCAAGGACAUUGUGGUAAACACCCAGAUAUACCAGUACGGAAGACCGGUAUCUAGUGCAGGCGUAGACAGUACCAGGGAGUUUGUCGUCAUAACCAGAGUCCACAACCUGCAGGGAAGACCUUUGAACAUCAGGUACACAUUCCUGCCCCUCACAAGCAACUGA